UGUAAAUCUCGGUUCCUCCGUCGCCAGGGCAGGCAUGGCUGGGCGCUGAGGGCUGAUGGUUGCCAGGCCACGCUGACGCUGCUCUGCCGGAAGAGAGAUGGGGAAAAGAUACUUCUGUGACUACUGUGACAGGUCCUUUCAGGACAACCUUCACAACAGGAAGAAACACCUCAAUGGAGUGCAGCAUCUCAGGGCUAAGAGAGUCUGGUACGACUUAUUCCGAGAUGCUGCCGCUAUCCUGCAAGAGGAGCAAACAAAGAAACCUUGUCGGAAGUUUCUGCAAACAGGACAGUGUGAUUUUGGGUCCAACUGCAGAUUUUCCCACAUGACAGAGCAGGACCUGGAGAAGCUGAGUGCCCAGGUUCAAGGGGAGCAGAGAUCGAAGGAGCUGCGGCAGGAGGGAGCAGAUGUCCCACCUGGCACCAUUGAGGACUGGCUGGAGAAGAGAGCAAAGAGACUGAGCGCGGCUCAGAGUAACAGAGUUCACAGAUGUGCCUGGAAGGACAGUGCCACUGCGGUGCUGAGUUAUUAAUGCCCAGAGUUCAGUGGCAGGAGCCGGGUCUCAUCUGUUGACAGCUUCCCCAUCCUCCGCCUGCCCUGUCUGCACAUCUCUGCCAGUGAGAGGGUGGAAUUAGCUCCUCCUCGCGGCAUUCAUUCAGAUUCGGGUGCCUGCCGGUGCCUGCUGUUUCCUUGCUCACCUGACUGUGCCGCAGGCUUAAUUGGAUGACAUUUGGGCAGGUGCCAAAUCUCUCUUCUGUUCUUUUUCUGUUUGCUCCUGUCCUCUCUGUGUUUGGUCUGGGCAGGAUCUUCCUUCUGGUGCUUGUCUGGGCUUGUUGCUUUCUGUUCGCUCCAUGCAUCAGCUUGGCUGCCCUUAGCCUUGCAGCGGUGCUCACUGACAGCUGUAACCUUCCUACCCCCCGUACACUUCACUUGCCCCAUUUUGCUUGUCCUGCCCGUGAAUCCCUUGAUCUUGGGGUAGAUCGUCUCUUACAGAAGAUAGCCGUCGCUAUACCCAGAGGAAUUUCCAGACCUUCGUAACUACUUGGUCCCUGCUGCCUCCAAAGAUGCACAAGACCUGGGAUUUCUAGGGUUGUUGCUUUCUACCCAGCCUCUCUGUCCCUGCAGGCUCAGAAACCAUCUACUACAGGAACUAAACACCAGCUAUUCAAAGCUUCUCUUCCUCUAUCUGGCCUUGCCGACGCCUGUCCCCAUCAUUUCUCUUCUCCCCUUGUGCUCUCCAGCCCCAGCAUUGCCCUUCUGAGCAACUGUGUGUUUUGCUUUGUCUGCCAGAGAAGUUGUUUUGCAUUGCCAGGGAAGAGGGCCUGUUUUAGGCAGGUCCCUGUGCUCCUGGUGCCUGGGGAGUCCGUGUUCCUGCUGAAAAUGCUUUUAAGGACAAGGAGCUCCCUCUCCCUCCUGCAGUCCUCGAGGUCCCUGAAAUGCAGCAGAAUCUCUGGCAGGGUCUAACGGUGCUUUGGGGAAUUUGUGGUUUUGGAUGAUAACCUGCCCAGGGGCUGCCUUGCCUGGCUGGUAAUGUCAGUAAAGACCAUUAGUCUGCACAAAACCGUAGAGAAAGUGCUCUCGAGGGGCAGUCAUCUCCAGAAGGAGAUGCUAGAGACCCAGCUCCACCUCUCUUCUCUGGCAGCACUGAGCAGGAAGGAUUCAAGCUGGGAUGGAAGAGGUCUUGGAAGCGUGAUCUCCCAGAGUGUGAUGGGAAGCUGUUGCUGUGUUAAGCCUCAGCCUGCGAGCGUAGCUGAGUUUCUGUCUCUGCCUUGCUGGGGGCUUUCUAGCAGGAUACCUGGCAGGCAAUCGCAGGCGGAGCUACUGCCUUGCGCGGUCUCCAAGUACACCGCAGUGCAAAGAAAAUGCCACGCUGGACUAGAAGUGGCCAUGUGGCCAGGUACUGCCUUGGCUGAAGGAUAGCACUUUCUUAAAGGCAGUAACUUGAGCACCAUUUCUGACUGUCACCUAGAUGAGCCCCAUGGAUGGAGAGCUGCCACGC